AUGGACAACCGGACAUCGUCUGCUCCUGUCAAGGAUUCGUGCACGUACCAUGAAGAGUUUAAGCAGAUCCUGCUGCCGGUGGUGUACUCCGUGGUCUUUGUGGUGGGGCUGCCCUUGAACUUCGUUGUCAUCGUCCAGAUCUGGCUGUCCCGGAAGGUCCUGACUCGCACCAUGAUCUAUAUGCUGAACCUGGCCGUGGCUGACCUGCUCUACGUCUGCUCCCUCCCGCUUCUCAUCUACAACUACUCCCAGAAGGAUUACUGGCCCUUCGGGGAUUUCACCUGCCGCUUCGUGCGUUUUCAGUUCUACACCAACCUGCAUGGCAGCAUCCUCUUCCUGACCUGCAUCAGCAUCCAGCGCUACUUGGGCAUCUGCCACCCGCUCUCCACCUGGCACAAGAAAAGGGGGAAGAGGUUCACGUGGGCCGUGUGCGCCCUGGUCUGGAUCCUGGUCACCGCCCAGUGUCUGCCCACCUUCCUCUACGCAUCCACCGGGAUCCAGAGGAACCGGACCGUCUGCUACGACCUCAGCACGCCGGAGAGCUCGGCCAGGUAUUUCCCUUACGGCAUCACCCUGACCGUCACGGGGUUCCUGAUCCCCUUUAUCUCCAUCUUGGGGUGCUAUUGCAGCAUGACCAAGAUCCUCUGCCAGAAGGACGAAAUGAUCGGGUUGGCCGUCCGCAAGAAGAAAGACAAGGCCAUCCGGAUGAUCAUCAUCGUGGUCCUGGUCUUCGCCAUCAGCUUCUUCCCUUUCCACCUGACCAAGACCAUUUACCUGAUCAUCCGUUCCAUUCCCCAUGUGAGCUGCCUGACCCGUCAGGCCUUCGCCAUCACCUACAAGUGCACCCGUCCUUUCGCGAGCAUGAACAGCGUCCUGGAUCCCAUCCUCUUCUACUUCACGCAACAGAAGUUUCGGGAAAGCACCCGGCACUUGCUGGAUAAGGUCAGUUCCAAGUGGAAGCACAAUUGUUGAUGGACUGAACGGGCAGCAUCUGGAGGAAAAUCUGUUCCUGUACCAAGGACAGGCCGGUGGUCUUCCCAUUUGGCACCAUCCCUUCGGCAGCCUCUUCUGUUCUUGGCAUCCUGGGGCCCAACCAGCAG